AUGAUCCCUUUGAGAGUUUUGGAUGAGCUCCCGUAUAUGGAAGGUGGAAAAUGGGUUUUACCUUCUCAAAAUGAUCUUCAACCAGGAAUGGUCCUAGUCUUUGAGCUCUUUCUGCUCCACGGAAUUAGUACAAGUAUUGAACAGCCAGUGGGAUGGGGUGCGUUUCCCAUCUGCAACAGCCAGUUGGAGAUUUUGCAAGGAAAAUACAAAUGUCCCCUUUUAAGGGGACACAGGGACUCCAAAAUCGAUGAAUUCCGAAAAAUUGAAGACCUUAUAUCAUCAGAUAUAGAUCACUGGCUGAGUAACCUCUAUUUUCAGAUAAUAAAGCUCCCCAAAUCUCUUCUUGGGCAGAAAGAGUAUGUCGUGGAACUCCAGCUACCUCCACACUUUGUCAACUUGCCUGAAUGUUCUUAUGCCUCUGGGAGGAAUGAGACUAAUAAGAACACAACGGACACCAACUCAGACCUGAAGGAAUCGACAACAAGCAAUGGUUUUCAUAUGGAUGGGAAAGAGAAAGCGAAUUUGAACCUUAAAGCUCAGAUGUCCUGUGGAAGGAACAUUGACUCUGAGGAGAAUUUUAAUGAGUUGACUGCAGCAAAUGACAAGAGUGGAAUAUUCUUCCAGGCUAUUCCUCAUAAUCGGCUUGAAUUCCAUACCGAAGCUAAGUGUCAGAGUCCUGUUGAGAAAGACAGAUUUCCACAGGUGCCCCCAUACCUGGAGGACCAGGAUCAAUACCGAUUCUCUGUCUUGUCAGAAUCCCCUGACAAAGCAAUGGAAACUCUUGCCAUGCGUACCUGGUUUGUGGGUCGGAUGUUCCUGGAAGAAUUUGGAAUUUCAUCUUGGUGCUCGUCAGCGGUCUUCCUCAUUCUGCUGCUCCUAACUUUGAACUGGUUUCUGCGGCUUUACCUGCACUACUGCAGCCAGUGGCUCUAUCUCCAGGCAAUUGGUGUCCCUGUCAACAAGUUCCAUUUUUAUCCACACACAGUCGAACUCAGCUACCAGAAUUCUCUGCUGCAUACUUGGGAGGAGUUGACCAUUGUAGCCCUGGGACCUCUGACCUUGAAUGUAGCUAUGCUUGUUAUGGCUAUGAUCAGAUGGCUCUGUCAUAUAUUAUUUGGCUCAUUCCCUUCCUUCUUGUCAAGGUUUAUCUUGGCAAUGGGAGUUUGGACAGUGCUUGACCCUCUGGCAAUGUUUAUAGUAGAUGGCAUCCUGGGGCGCCUGGCUUACAGCACAGAUAGUCCAAUAGCAGAUGCAGCCAAGCUUUACUGGCUGUUUUACAGAGUGCAACAUUCUGGGAUCCCUGGCAUACUUAUUACAGUCAUCUUGUACAUUGUGAUGUUCGUUAGCUCCCUUGCAAUACUCUGUUUCUAUUUCUUAAGGCUGCACAAUAGAGGGAGGCUUCUAGAUAUCUUCUUCCGACUGCACAGCACUGAGGAGAGAUUUUUUGUUCCUCUGGAUUUGGAGCUGUCAAAUCAAGAGCUGAACUACAUCAUGAAAAAGGCGGAGCAGUGGAGGGGGAUCAAUGGUGAAAGAAGGAAGGUGGCAGUGUACGACUACAUCUGGAAUGAUGAGCACAUCACACACCCGUCCUGUAGCUGUGCAUCCCAGGAGGGCAAUCAAACCUCUGGAUCAGAGGCUGGCUGCGGAGAGAUCACCACUCAUGUGUCUAUCUACAUCAUACACCUCAGUGGCUUGCAAGAGCUGUACAGACAUUUCCUUCGGCUGCCUGAUGGUGCCAUUGUUGAGGUGUUUGGUGCUAUUAGUAGCACAAACCCUGCCCGCAGUGAGGUACAUACACUGAUACAGAGGCAGGUGAACAAUGUGGACAAUUUGUUGCAAUUCUCUGCUUCAUCUGAACUCCGAGAAAGACAGCGGAAGAUUUGAUUUGGUUGAAACAAGAAACUACUACUAAUUUCUAGUUCUUGGGGUGAAAAGGAUGUCAGAUGAUCAGAGAUUGAAGAUUCAUCCAUCUUUGGAAGAAAAUUGAAUCGUUCCUUCAAAACUAUCGAAAUCAGUGGUAUCAUCAGAUUUCUUAGUCAUGAAGAGUUGUCAGGCAUCAAUGUAAUUAUUCUUGAGUGAUAUAUUUCUUCUUGUAAGUACAACAAAUAUUUUAUCCAAGACCAAGAUUUUCUACUUGUUGACCCAUACUAAUCCGUGGUAUUUGGCUUCUGAACUGUUUGGGAUUGAUCAACAUAUUUUAAGAUGCAUUUCUGCUCAGAUAAGAAGUGUUGGUUUUUAAAGACAUGCACAUUUUCCAUUUGUUUCUGUAUUUUAAUAAUACUCUUAGCAUUCCUUUGAUCUGGAGUGGUUCAUCCUCUUCAACCAAGCAAUUUUCUCAGUAAAAAUAUUAACAUCCACUCUGGUGUCAAGUUUGAAAUGAGGUGGAAGACCUUAUGAUCUUUGCCAUAUCUGGUUCAGAUGAGUCAAUUACAACUUGUAAGAAAGUUUGAUCCUUAUCUCUCAAAGAUGGCAUGUCAUCAUAUAAUGUGUGUUUACAUGUGUUCAACUGUAGGUAUCUCUUGGUAUUCCAAGUUUUUGUCCAAAGGUAUUAACUGUAAGAUGUGAACCUUUGUAUGCAAAUAAGUAUCAUUAGUUCCCUUGUUCAAUAGGUUUUUUUGACAUGCUUAAACAUUCUCCAAAAAUGUUUCAUUUUCUUACAUAUGUUGCAUUGGCAUCAUAAAGCUGAAUAUUGUUUCUGCUUGUGUGCUUUUUUUCAUCUCCACAUCUGGAGUAGUAACUUAUAACAGAAAGGGAUCUAAAGGCUUUUUGUGUUGUUUUUUUGUGUAAUGUUUUGGUGUUUUUGUAUAUUAGAAAGUUGACAAGGUCGGAUGAGCUUUGUGCACUCAGUUUCUGUUCACAAAUUUCUCUCAUGUUGCUUAUGCAUUUCAGCUUCCACCUCUAUCUGCAUAGCUCUUUCCCGUGUAAGAUCCUCUUCUGAAAAUAACAUAUUUCAAAGAGACAGAACCGAGAUUUCAACAGCAAUUUUUUUCUUGAAUUAAUUAUGGUUAUAAAGCACUAUAAUCGAAAAUUCUGACAACCUGCAAAGAUCAUUGCUAAGCUAUUAAUGUGUUCUCCUGUAAACUCUUCUGUUAAAUCUUACAUUUUCCAUUAUACAAUUGAUAAUUCAGUGAAAGUAAUUGUUAAAUACUUCUACAUUAUUGACAUAAGUAUCUAUCUUUUCUCUUAUAUUCUUAAAAUUUGCCAACCUACAGAAGAAAUAAACAUGCUCACUUGUAAUCCUAAAGUAUUUCUGUAAUGCAUAAGUUGUCUCCUUUAUGUUGUCUAUCUUAAUUCCCUAUAUGAAGUAUCUAUAACUUUAAUUCAGCUUUGAGGUGUAAUCUCUUGCUCCAUUGUCAUUGUACUAAAUAGCUGUUGUUUCUCCCAUUUAAAUUAUUUACUUGAA